AUGAAUAUUCAAGAUAAUUUAACACUCUUAAACCAUCAACUAAACAUUUCCAAUCAAAAACUUUAACUCUAAGUUGAAGUACUCUAACAUUAAAACAAUUUAUUAAAAAAGAAAAUCAUAGAGUAAAACAAUAUUGUCAAUCUAAUUCACUCCUUCUAACAUGAAAACAAUUAACUCAAAUAAGACAUUUUAGGACUUCAGGAAACCUUAUUUCAUUUACAGACUUAAAAAAAUAUUGAAAUUGAAUAAUCUUACUCUUCUAUGCUUUAAGCCUUUACAAAAGAAAAUGAAAAAGAACUCAUCUAUCUUAAAAAAGAAUAUAAAGAUCAUAUUUUUUAAUUAAAAUAAGAAAAAAAUCAACUCUUUGAAUAAGCUGUUUCUAUGGGUAUACAAAAUUAAACAGCUAAGAACUUGGAACUUUAAACUAAUAAAAUCAUCUAAAUUGCUUCAAAAUUAGAGUAAUUAUAUGUUAUCAUUCUUAUAGAAAUAUUUUAUAUGAAACUCCUUAUUGUUAAGAAAGUAAAAAAGAGAAAGUCGACUCAGCUAGAGAAAUUUACAAUAACUUAAUAAAUUAAUUAAAUACAGACUUAAAUAAAAAUUAAAAAGAAUAUGAAAAAAAUGAUAAAUUUUAUCAGUAACUUCUUUAAAAAUAAUUAAUUAGUGCUCUAACUACAUCUAAGAACUCCACAUUUACCAAAUAAAAAGAUAAAUCAACUAACUUUACAAAAGUUUUAACCCUCAAUCGAACCAAUGAAUCACCCAGGAGUUAAGCAUAUCUGAAUGCACUUUCAUUAUAAACUGCUAACAAAAAAAAUUGA